UCGUUAAAUACCCAAAACUAGGCCUACCUCUAUCAACCACUAUAAAAAUAAAAUCUCUCCUUUUCUCACUUCUGCAACUUAGGGUUUUUGCGUGCCGUAAUAUUAUCUCUCUCCUCUAAGAGCUUCACCAAACCCUAGCAAAUUAGCAAUGGCGGAACAGACUGAGAAGGCCUUUUUGAAGCAGCCAAAGUUGUUCCUUUCUUCGAAGAAGACAGGGAAAGGAAAGAGACCAGGAAAAGGAGGCAACAGAUUCUGGAAGAGUAUUGGAUUAGGGUUUAAGACUCCUCGUGAUGCCAUUGAAGGAACAUACAUUGACAAGAAAUGCCCCUUUACCGGCUCUGUUUCUAUCAGAGGCCGUAUUCUAGCUGGUACCUGCCACAGUGCUAAGAUGCAAAGAACCAUCAUUGUUCGCCGCAAUUACCUGCACUAUAUCAAGAAGUAUCAAAGGUAUGAGAAAAGGCACUCUAACAUUCCAGCCCACGUAUCACCUUGUUUCCGUGUGAAGGAGGGUGACCAUGUGAUCAUUGGCCAGUGCAGGCCGAUUUCAAAGACAGUGAGAUUCAAUGUAUUGAAGGUUAUCCCAGCUGGAGCAGCCACUGGUGGCAAGAAGGCCUUCACUGGAAUGUAAACCUGAUUUUGGCUCCUUCCUACUUCUGAGAAUUUAUAAAAGCAGUCAGAUGAAACCAUUUUAAUGUAAUUUUCAUAUAUGCUUGUAGGAUUGUUUCUAUGAUUGGUUUUUAGGAUUUCUUUUUGUCAACUCAGUUGCUAAAUUUUGAUACUACCGGCCUACUUUCAUUUCACAUCAAUUCCUGGCUGCAUUGUUCGUUUGA